AUGGAAAAUUGGGGAAGACAGAAUCUAUAUUCAGCUCAUGGAGAAAGGAAUAAUCAAACAUAUGUUACAGAAUUCAGUCUCCUAGGAUUUGGAAAUCUCUCUGAACUGCACAUUCUUCUUCUCCUUCUGUUUCUAAUGAUCUACAUUGUGACUGUAGCUGGGAACAUGCUUAUCGUGGUUCUAGUUGUGGCUGAUCAUCACCUUCAUAUCCCCAUGUACUUCUACCUGGGGAACUUGUCCUGCCUGGAGACCUGCUAUAGCUCCACCAUCCUGCACAGGAUGCUGGCCAGUCUCCUGACUGGGGACACAACCAUUUCUGUUAGUGGCUGCAUCACUCAAUUUUAUUUCUUUGGUGUGCUUGCAGCAAGUGAAUGCUAUCUUUUAUCCACGAUGUCCUAUGACCGGUAUUUAGCAAUAUGCAAACCACUACACUAUACGGUUCUUAUGAAUGGCAGAAUCUGCCUGCAGUUAGCAGCUGUGUCCUGGAUGGGUGGAUUUAUGACAAUAACCAUAGUAACAUGUUUAAUGUCACAGUUACAUUUCUGUGGCCCUAUUGAAAUAGACCAUUUCCUUUGUGAUUUCAUCCCAGUGAUUAAACUCUCCUGCAGUGACACCAGCCUGAUCACACUGGUGUCAUUUAUAUUAUCCUUCAUAGGCACCCUACCCCCAUUUCUAUUAACCCUGACAUCCUAUGUUUUUAUCAUCUCCACCAUCCUGAGAAUCCCGUCCACCAGUGAGAAGAAAAGCAUUUCCACUUGUUCCUCUCACCUCAUUGUGGUUACAAUUUUCUAUGGGACCCUGAUUAUUGUGUAUGUGUUACCAGACAGUGAGACACUGAGAGAACUCAACAAAGUGUUCUCUCUCUUCUACAAAGUCUUAACUCCCAUGGUCAAUCCUCUCGUCUACAGCCUGAGAAACAAAGAGGUCCAAUGUGCCCUAAGAAAAUUAAUUGUGUACAGAAAUUGA